AUGUCGUUCGUAAGAAAUGCGCCAGGCAUUGAGGGCAGUAUAGAAUCGAUGGAUAUCGAUCCCUUGGAUCCCGCGGAUAUUGCAAGGCUUUGGAAAGUAUACACAACCACGAAGCGAAGACUCCUUGAUCCUACGGCCGAGCGUUUGGAGAACUACUGGUGGCGCAUAUGGGGCAGCAGGAAGCGAGAGUUGAAAGGUGCAAUGGUUGCACGCCUCUUUGCCCAGAUAUCGGACGGCCACACCUUCGUACCACUGAGAGGACCGCCAAAUCUUGAUGCGGCCCCGCCAUUGGAGAGAAACAAUCGAUUUCGAUCCGGAGCUUCAAGCGCUACAACUCUCCACCAACCCGCCCAGAGCAGACCGAGUACCACAUCCGCGACAAUACCUAGAGCUCCAAGGGCAGUGCCACAUCCCAUUCUCAAAAAAACAGGAGGCCCUUCUACAUCCGGGCCACGUCCAACUGCCCGUUUCGUUUCACCACAUGAAUCCGAGAGAGAGACAGAGCCGGAUUCCCCCGUCAGUACCAAUUCACAUGUGGUCGUACAGCCUCCCUCGCCCGAUAUAGAGAGCAUCAAGAAUGAUCAGAAGGCAUCUGUACUUCCAGGAUUGAAGAAGGCAACGAGUUUUGUAGCAUCCAGUGCCGCAAAGAAAAAGCGGCCCGUGGUAGUUCGUCGACAGAGCUCACAGAACUCGCAAUCAUCAACAGACGCGCCUCAACUUUCAGGAUCGACGCAACCACCAUCCCAAAGGACCGCCCCCACAACUUCGGAACAGGCCCAAGCGCGAAGUAAACAUUCUGUACCAUCAAAGUUUCAAGAAAACUUCUCGCCCUCGAAUCGUUCUUCGGCCAGUUCUAGUACUCAAAAACAUCGAGUAGCAUCAAAAACGUCUGACUCGAAACGCAACUUGUCACAUAAAACUUCCGCUGAAAAAUGCCUAAAGCUAAAGAAGCAGGAAGCCGAGGCAGGCCCUUCUAAUCGUCUUCGUCCGGUUGAGCAUAAGCAGGAUGAAGUCGAAGAACUUACGUCUAGUGAGCUUGAGCAACUCGAAAUACAGAGGACACUGCUUGAGCAGGCAAAUUCUUCCACCGAAAAGCCCCCACGAUCCCCUUCCACCGACCAAGCCCUGCUUCAGCAAAAAUCGACAAAAUCAAGAUCUGAUGAUGAUCGUAGUGGAGAUACAGGCGGCCUACGCAUGCUUUCACAUAACUCAAAAACCACUACAAGUGCGGCACCAACGCUUACGACAGCGAAUGGGCAACUCGAUCUCAAGGACCCUACUAUGGAUAAGUCAGGACCAAAUUCCGUUUCGACCUCAUCUCCAUCUAUAGAUAAGGGCAAAGGUAGAGAUCCCGAUGAUACAAGGCGAUCGUUCACAAAACGGCUAGUGCAACCUGCCACGCAGCCGAAAUCCGAGCCCAUGGGACCAUUAAGUCGAAGCAAAAGCCAGCUUACCCUACUACUUGAAAAAGAUCGGUCAAGGGGGUCGGGUGAUCAAACAUCGAAUGACAAGAAAGAAUAG